UUCAGACAUGUGCAGCCACCGCCCGGCGUACGGAGUAGUAGCCCAUCGCAAGAGCCCGCGGGCGCUAGGCUUGCUUGCAGUCCAGGUCAUUCCGGGCCACCGUACCAACCACCUCCGCAGAUCCGAUACCGAUACACCAGAGCAAUUAGAAGCUACUACGGAGUACCUUAAUGACUAUAUUGCACUAGGUUGACCUCCUCGUGCAAUUUAUCAAUCCGGGACAACAAGCUCCCACCCAUCCUCCCAAUCCACCAGCAGAAUGGGAUUCUUCUCCCGCCUCCUCACCCUAUUCGGGUUGGUCUUGCUUGCCCAUGCCUCCCGCCUCAACCCGCUCCACUCCACCACCACCACCACAACAACCACGCACCUCCCGCCGGACAUCAUCAUCGAAGCCCUGGUAUCCUUGAUCGUCGUCUCCAUGGGCCUCGUCCUGGGCACCGAGAAACUCAAACCCAUCAGCUGGAGCGAAUGGGCGGGCCAGAUCGAGCGCGAGGGGAAAGGGCGCCAUCCGUAUCGGCGGUUGGAGGAGCGGUAUGGGUUUUGGGAUGUUAGGGCGAAGAGAAAGGAGUUUGCGGAUUGGAUCCGGGGCACGGAUUUGGGGGAUGUGGUGGAGGAGGUCGAGAAGAAAUGAUGCUCUGUCUCUGGGUUGUGGUUUUGGGGUGGAUGGGGUUGGGCUGGGCUUGUGGGGGAGGCUGUGUUCCCUCGGGAUCAAGCAAAAGGCAUGGUCUGGGUAGGUAGAUUAG